AUGGAUACUGUGAAUAAUCGGUGUCAGGACGGGGAAGAAGCGGCGUCGGUGGCGGCGGGGCUUCCCAUGCAUGUCGAUACUUUCCAUUACGUCAAUGGCUCCGAUGAAGGGGAAGAAGCUGCAGCUACUCUACUUGCACAUGCUUCUUCUACUGUGCAUACCAGAACCAGCGAACUCACCAUUUCCUUCGAAGGCGAGGUCUAUGUUUUCCCUGCUGUUACGCCACAAAAGGUGCAGGCUGUAUUAUUACUCUUGGGAGGGCAGGAGAUGUCAAAUAAUGUCCCCACCUCGGACUUUUUGUUGCAGCAAAACUGUCAGGACGUUAGGGAAAUGAAUGAUCCUUCCCGAUGUUCGAAGCUCUCACGAAGAAUUGCAUCGCUUGUUAGGUUUCGUGAAAAACGAAAAGAGAGAUGUUUUGAGAAGAAAAUCCGAUACUCUUGUCGCAAAGAGGUUGCUCAGAGGAUGCAUCGUAAGAAUGGACAAUUUGCAUCGCUGAAGGAAGACUACAAAUCUCCUGCUGAAAAUUGGGAUUCAGGCAAUGGUACACCUUGCCCAGAAUCUACUGAACGUAGAUGUCAGCAUUGUGGAAUUAGUGAGAAGUCUACUCCAGCUAUGCGCCGAGGACCAGCAGGUCCAAGAUCUCUGUGCAAUGCCUGUGGGCUUAUGUGGGCUAAUAAGGAUGAUUAUUUUGCGUAUCUGGAUUGUUGUGGCCAUGAGAGGAUAAUUUAUUACCAAGUAUCAGCUGAGCAAGUUCAUGUUUCCAUCUUUCCUAAUGUGACUAGGGCAAUCUUACAGUACCCAAUUACUGAUUUUCAUUUUCAUGCCUUGUUGAUUUUGAAGGGAACUCUGAGAGAUCUCACCAAAGCAGGAAGGAUUGCUUUUGAGCAAAAUGAACUGGAUACUUCAGCUGAUAUAAAGCCUUCAAAAGCAGCAGCAGAACAUUCUUGUGCUAAGCAGGACAAAGAGGGAAGCCCUGAGGAAACUAAGCCUGUGCAAAUGGAUUCCCGACGGACCCCUGAGAAGACAAAUGAUCAGUUUAUUAUCGGAACUGCUGAAUCAGUUACUGACAACUUGUCCAUCCAAGUGGAGAAUCAUGCUCUUAGUCUUCAUGAGCAGGAUACUCUUGAGGAUCUUGCUGAUGCUUCUGGAACCGAGUUUGAGAUUCCCGCAGGUUUUGAUGAACAGAAAGUUUUGAAGGAAUGGGUUAUUGACAAUGUUCUGGUGGGACAGCUUCCCGUUUUUUCCCAGAAUGAAACGCGCAGCCUUACUCGCCAAGAAAAUUCCCUUCUCAUAUAUAAUCUUCCCUCCUUCAAACGCUUCCCUCCCACAAAUACAGUUAGUUUGUUAGUUAGUUAG